CAGUUUGCCACUAACUCCGUUCACUUAGGUUAAGAAAGAUAUAUUUAAAGAAAUAACCGCCGUUUCUUCUCCGAUUCCGGUUGAUUAGCUGGGAGACGAUACCACAUAAUAUAAUUUUAAGAAAAAUAAAGUUGAUGCUAACUACAAUUAACUUUAAAUAAGAUUAAAGCAGUGUCCAUAAAUAUGCCAGUAUUUAAUGGCACUAGGUGUAAGGGUCCAAACUGCACGCGUUGUAGAUCGCCCAAGUCCCUGUCCCUCUUGCACUCACCGAUUCAAACUUGACAGCGCAAAUAUUAACACAACCCCACCGCCCUUCUAAGAAUUAAGCUGUGACUAGUUGGUCACUUUUAGUCGGAAGUGAAACGAUAAUAAAGAGUAAUUUUUUGUUUCUCUUCAUUGAUUUGAGUACCGACAGCGUUGGCGGGCACUCUCCGUCCGCUCCGACGCUGAAACGCCCGGACGUUAGGGCACUGAGGAUAAUUCGGCGGGGCUUUGUAUUCACUGUUUUUUUUGGGGGGGGGGGGAAGAUGCAGAUUGUCACACCUGAAACGUUUGGUUCGGGAAGUGGUUGGUGGACGGUGCCCGUGGUCACAGAGAGGAGCCCGGGAGCCCUUUGAAACCUUAGCUUUAGUAGUCCGGACCUAAAACAAGAAAUCGACCGGUUAUACUGCAGAUAGACGUUACGCUACCUUAUUUAAACCGGUUCCUAUUCUUUAUGGAUCUGACCUUUUUUUUUGAAGGGGGUGGUUGGGGAGAGGCUGGGGUCGGCGAAGGGGGGUGGCGGGGAGAAUUUCAUUUCCUGGUUAAGUUUUGAAAGAUCGGUGACGUCAGAGCCUCGGCGUCAGUGUGGCUGGGGUUUCGACUGAUUUGCGGGGGGAGUCAUAGGCCGGCGCUGCCACUGGCCAAUUACACAGCGCCCGAAUGCCCAGCGUUUUCCAAACUCAAAUACAAAGCUUCCCCCACCUUCAAAAAAAUUCAACAGGGCGAGAAAGAGACACUACAAUCCGCUCCUUCAAUGAGAGACCACGUUGACAAAUCAACUGGAUUCGACCCGCAAAGUGUGAUCCAGGCGCCAGACGGGGAAUCGACCGCCGCUCGAACGUAGGACGCUCGCGGACGGUCCAGAUUUGGUCGCCUUAAAUUGACCACUUUGGGUUCACAACUCUUUUAAAGCCGCGAUGGAAAUUGCUACGGACCAGCCGCGGUGGGUGUCGCACCACGCCGUCCUGAACGGGCAACACCCGGAGUCUCACCACCCGAGCCUGUCCCACAAUUACAUGGAACCCACGCAACUUCUCCCGCCGGAUGAGGUCGACGUGUUCUUCAAUCAUCUCGACGGGCAAGGGAAUCCUGUCUCUCCCUACUACAGUAACUCCCCGCACGCCCGAGCGACGGUCUCUUACCGCCCUCACGCCCGUCUGUCCGGCGCUCAGGUCUGUGGGCCGCAUCUCUUGCACAGCCCUACCAUCUCGUGGCUGGACAGCGGCAAGGCGCUCUCGGCCCAUCACCACCAUCACCACAACGCCGCGGCGUGGACCGUCAGCCCGUUCACCAAGGGGCCACUCCACCCGGCCGGGCCGAGCGGCCUCAGCGUCUACUCCGGAAGCACCUCGGCCACCAGCCUGGCGGCGGCGGCGGCGGCAGCUGUGGCUCACCCGACCUCGCACCACCUCUUCAGCUUCCCGCCCACCCCUCCCAAGGACGCGUCGCCGGAUCUGGGGGCUCACAGUACGGUUUCCCCGUCCAACACGGCGGCGGCGGCAGCUGCAGCAGGUCGGCAGGAUGAUAAGGAAUCCAUUAAGUAUCAUGUGUCAUUGGCAGAAAGUAUGAAAAUGGAAUGUACUAGGAGUACCAUGCCGUCGCUCGGAACCAGCGCGACUUCCACCCAUCACCCAAUUCCCACUUACCCAUCCUAUGUUCACGAGUGCAACAACGGCCUUUUCCACCCCAGUGGAAUCCUGACCGGCGCCUCCACUAAUUUCACACCCAAAUCCAGGAGCAAAACACGCUCGUGUGCCGAGGGCCGAGAAUGCGUGAACUGCGGGGCCACCUCCACACCGCUGUGGAGAAGAGACGGUACCGGUCACUACCUGUGUAACGCCUGCGGCCUGUACCACAAGAUGAACGGGCAGAACAGACCUCUCAUUAAACCCAAAAGGAGAUUGUCAGCGGCCAGGAGGGCGGGAACAUCAUGCGCCAAUUGUCAGACCACAACCACUACUCUGUGGCGGCGAAAUGCCAACGGUGACCCGGUGUGCAACGCCUGUGGCCUUUACUUCAAACUCCACAAUGUGAACAGACCCCUCACUAUGAAGAAGGAGGGGAUUCAAACACGCAACAGGAAGAUGUCCAGCAAGUCGAAGAAGAACAAGAGGAUGUCAGAUGGCUUCGAGGAACUGUCCAAGUGCAUGCAGGACAAGGCCUCAUCCUUUAGCCUGGCCGGACAUAUGCAGCACAUGGGACACCUGCCUCCUUUCAGUCAUGCCAGCCACAUGCUGCCCACCCCCACCCCUAUCCACCCAACGUCCAGCCUCUCCUUCGGGCACCCGCACCCCUCCAGCAUGGUGACCGCCAUGGGCUAGUGGGGGGGGAGCAAGACUCCCCCCCCCCUCUGGCGGGCGAUGAGAAAUGGAACAGGAGAGAAGGGCAGUGAAGAAAAACAUACAAGAGGCUUUUGCCAUCAUCUUUUCCAAAGCCAGAAAGAUUGAGGACGGACUUGGUGCGUGGUGGUUGGUGGACGGGCCCUGACCCCAGCUGGCAUUGCAGGACUCAUGGGAAGCAAGAUUGGAGUCAAACCGAAAAGAGUUUUACCUGCUCAGCGAAGAAGCAGGAAGGCAGUGAUGGGUUUGGUUUGCUUGCUUCGAACUGGGAGGCACACGGAGGCAGAACCACGCUGGACACCUUGCAAAGCAACUUUGUUUCUUGGUGUUGAUGUGAAUAUUGUAAAUCAGAGAAUUUGGGGGUAAAAGGUUUGCAAAAACCUAAUAGCUUAUGCUGGAUUUCUUUCAUUACUUGCAGUUAAACAAAAACACUCAAAAAAAUUAAGCAAGGCCACUUAACUUUGAAGUAUAUUUCUUUCCAUUUGAAUUGUUUUAAUUAAUUCAUGUUGUGUGAUAUUUUAUCUCAUUUUAUGGAGGGUUUUGUCCUGAUUCUGAGGCUUUGUCAUGGGGUCAGGGUCAAAGAGAAGAGAGGUCAUAGGCUGUCGGUUGGUUCGGGGGAGGGAUCGGAGUGAUUGAAGGGUUUGGUUAACUGGUCUGUGUUUGGUUAAUUGGGAUGUGGAACCAAAGAAAUGUUGGUUACAGGAUUAGGCUCAAUCCACACCACCCCCUCUUCAAUCAUAUCCCCCCACCAUCUCUUCCCUCCACGGACAGCUAUGGAGGCCAAAUUAAUGGGUCUAGUUAAUACUAAGGCUCUUGGGUUUUUGAUCAGUAAAGACCUAAAAGGUUAUGGGGAGAAGGCAGGAGAAUAGGGUUGAGAGAGAAAAUAAAUUAGCCACGAUCGAAAGGCAAAGUAGACAGUGGGCUGAUCACCCUAAUUUUGCUCCUAUGUCUUGGGGUCUUGUGAAUGUAGGAGGAAACUAGCCAAAUACCUCACUGUCCUUCAGUGACUCUGAGUAAGCAUAAGAAAGGAUUAUGUCCAAAUAUGACCGCUUCAUCGUCCAAUAGCCAGCUGGUAUUGAUAGAUGAGUUCUGCCUGAUGCAAGAGGUAUUGGUUGGGUAUCAUCCAUUGUGGAGAAUCUAGAUCCUUCAGCAAAGAGGGGUGGGUGGAGCGGUGGAGGAGUGCAGACAAGAGCCUGUGGUUUUUAACAAAUCCCCCCCCCCUCCC